UCAAAGUCUGGUCAACUUCCAAAUUUUAUCCCUAUUCCACUGAACCAGUCGUAGAUUGAUGACAUGAUUGAGACCGGGACUCGGUUUUCCUCUUGGUCUUGUGCUCUCCUGAUGGUUUUUCUCGGACCAUAUUCCUGAACGUCAUGCUUGAUAUCACGAUUAUUGGGAGCGCCAGAGUUUCUGUUUUCUACUUUGCACGCCUGAUGCUGUGGCUCUACUGGGGUGGCUUUUCUAAUGAGAUGGUGCCGGUUAUUUAUAGUAAGGUACACUCGAUUAUGCAAUUCAGCUCAUACAUUAAUCAGUUAUCAAUCUUGCCAGUUGGUCCGAG